AUGCCUUCGUGGGUCCCACGUUCGAAGUUGGAAUGGGCCUAUUUCGGGUCGACAGCUACGCAAGCUGUCGUGAUUACUCCUGUUCAGGUCACGGUGCUGGUUGUGUAUCUGGAAUGGGUGAAUUCGGUUGUUUACCAGGUGCCGCUCGCAUACGUGACGCCUCUCUCGCUUGGCACUACGACAUUAGGAGCGCUUUACCAGUUGGUCCUCACCCUAGAUGCAUACCGAAUCAAGAACAACAUCCAGCUCUUCGUGCAAUGCAUCUGCAACAUAUGCUUGUCCAUAGCAACAGUCAUGCAGUAUGGUCAAAUCAGAAACGCCAAUGCCAGAAUCCUGAUUAAUCACGACAUGUACGGAACGCCGUUCGCUAAAUAUGACUGGAAGUUUUGGGAUCAUGUGUCUCCCGCACUGAUCACUUGUAUUGUCAUAUCGUGUCUUUCCAGCGUUGCUAUGUGUGGACUUGCAUAUGGUUUAUACCGAGAAUUUUCCUGGGCAUUGUAUGAGCAAGUUAGUCCUGACCGGAAGAUGCGCCUACGAUACGUCGCGUAUCAAGUGUACCUGGUCAUCCUUAAGUUUACGCCAUUCUUCAUCAUCGCUUUUAUACUCCUGUAUGAUCUCGUUGAUGUACACUACGAGGAGCCAGAGUUCUCCUUGACAAUGGCUAUCAUACCGGCCGCCCUCAUACAUGUCGGUCUUGCCAUAUAUUUUGUACGGAUUGAAACCGGCGUUGGCAUGAUUUUUGUGCUUCUUGGGCAUGCGGCCGAGAUGGUCUAUCUUGUGAGCAGAAUCAUCGUCCUUAACAGCUCUUCGAUGCUUGCGCGGACAUUGCUCAAAGACGAAAUGGUCUUCCUCGCUUCCAUUGCAGUGGGCUUUUCUGCAAUCGCUUUCUUGGCCGGAUCAAUUUGCUUCGCCAAUUUCCGAAAGGGGUUGAAACCGCUCGUUUUGAGCCAGGUUCAACAUAAGAGGCCUAACAAUGAGUUUGAAAACGACUACCAUUUUCAACGCCUGAAUCACAACGUAGUAGCUGCGCCCGAGCAAGCCCGACGCUUCGCUAUAGAUUGA